CAAGAUCCAUUUGGAGAGAGAGAGAGAGACUUCGCCAGCCUUCCAUCUCGAUUUCGUUCCCAUCGAUCGGAGUCCAGAGCUCGUGCUCUCCGGCGCGUUCAUCACCGGCGACCGGCGCCCUCCAUCUUUCUUCAGCCAACCCAAAGUCCCAAAUCCCAAUUGGGGAAGAAGAGAAUCAGGGGCGGAAGACCAUGAAGAAGCAGAAGCCUUCCGCCGUCGUCGAAGCUCCGACUAUUUCUUCAACAGGGGCGGCGGACCUGAAAGCCCUUAUCCGGGAGAAUCGCAUCUUCUUUGACAAUCUAGUGAACCUGAUCCCACCCAAAUUCUACCUCCCAACCGAGGAGGACUCCAAGCCAUGGUACCAAGGUUUGUCGAAAUCCAAAAAGGCAUCGUUGAAACGACAGACCAGGGAGAACCUCAAACGUGCUCGUCGCAAUCGACUCGAUCCGGAAAAGAAGAUUGCUCAAUCCUCAACUCUCGGCCUCCUUAAAGAGUCCAUAGACAAGACGAAACUUGAGGAUGAUUCAGGCAACGAAAAACCUUUGAAUUUUGGCGAAGGUGAUAAUAAGGAAAAUGGAGACGGUUCUUCUGUCACAUAUGAAGUGUUGCGGCAGAGGCUCCGCAUGAAAAUCGAGGCCCUUCGUGGUAACAGAGGGUCAGGUCAGAAAUUUGAGAGGAAAGCGUUUGCUGAUGAUGGGGAUUUUGGGGAGUCAAAUAGGAAGAAGCGAAAGAGGGAUGAGGACGGAGGGGAAAAUAGUGAAAAGAACAGCAGCAUUGGAGUUGAUUCUGGAAAUCUUCCUAGUGACAUUGAAUUUGGGAAAGUUAAGAUUGGGGACGAUGAGAAAGAGGGAAAGAAGAAGAAGAAGCUCUCGAAAGAGAAAGAGCUGGAUAGGUUGAAGAGAUUGGAAGAGUUGAAGAAGGAGAAACCAAAUGUAGCAGAAAAACAGUCUUGGAAAGCUGCAGCUGAUAGGGCCAUGGGGGUGAAGGUCCACGACGAUCCAAGGCUUUUGAAAGAGAGUAUGAAGAAGGAGAAGAAGAGAAAAGAGAAGAGCUCUGAGAAAUGGAAGGAAAGGGUUGAAACUAGAGAUAAAUUCAAGGAAGAGAGACAACAGAAGAGGCGGGAGAACAUUUCAGGGCGAAUCCAUGAUAAGAAAAUGAGGAAAAUUGCUAAAAGGGAGAAGAAGCUUAUGAGGCCUGGAUUUGAGGGGCGAAAGCAGGAAUUUAUCACUGAGAAUUGAAGUCAAUGUCCUUAUUUAACAUGUCUUAUGAUGCCAUAGUUUCUUGUUUUAUUUUGGAUAUGAAAUGUGCUUGUGUUAGUAUACUUUGUUAUGCAAUUUGGUUUUUCAUAUUUGCGUGGAUGCUACUUCAUGCUACUUUGGUGGAGCAAAAAUAUGAUAGUUGGUGCAAAAGACUCGAAUUUUAUAUCUUG